AUGAUUAUCAAUCCUUUGGUGAUACUUGUACUCCUUGGCAUUUUAUUUAAUUUCGUUUUUGCAAAUGCUCCUCCAUGCUAUGAAGGAUGGAAACCGAAUGGACGUACAACGUUUGGUGGCUGUAUCCAGAAAAGUCAACUUGCUGUCUCAGGCAUUUGCUGCCAAAUGUCAGCAGAGCAAGCGAAAUUGAAAUUUGUGUUUAAUCCCAACACUAACAAAUGUGACCAGACUUAUUGUCCACUCGGGAGCAUUAAAGAUAACCAUGGUUGUUCUGUCAAGGGGUUUUGUAUAACAUACGACCAAACAUGUAUCAAAGGAGAAUGUUGCGGCAAAUACAGCAUGCCAACAAUAGCGACAGCAUCAAUGUAUACAUGCAAUCCGAACAAUCCAAAUAACCCAAUUAAUCCAAACAAUCCAAAUCCACAAUUAAAUCCGAAUAAUCCGUACAAUCCAACUGUGCCUUUUAAUCCAAAUGUACCUCCUAAUAAUCAAUAUCAGAACCCAAAUCAGUAUAUGCCCAAUCCUAUUCCUAAUAACCCAACUAAUCCGCAAAUGUCUGGUGCUGGCAUGCAACCUGUUUUCACCUCUAAUAGACAGCCUGCAUAUACAACUGCAGGACUUCCUAUUUUCACGAUGAAUGGACACCACUUUACACUGCAAAUGGACAGAUGAUUGUUAGCAAUGGAGCAGGCAUGGGAAAUCAAGCACCGUACGGUAUGGGAGGUACAGCAUCACAAUAUGGAAUGGGAAAUCUACCAAACGGAAUGGGAUCACAAUAUGGAAUGGGAAAUCAACCAUAUGGAAUGG